GCCCCCAAAGACCAAAUCAAGUAAAGAAUUGACGAGGGUAGAAGGAAGUGAAAGUGAAAUGAAAGCAGCGCUAUCGACUCUGAUCAGCACCAAGAAUCUUCCUCCUCACCACUGCGCUUCAUCUUCCUCCUCUUCUCUCUCUCGCUCCAUUUGGCUGCACCCAAAGCCCCUCUCUCCUCCACCAUCUUUCCUCGCCCCAAUCGCACCCGCCAAGUCCCGCAGCAGCAGCAGCAUCGGUCUUAGCCGCAGCUCCAAAAUCCACACAGCUAAUUUCUCGUCGACAAUGGCCUCCGCUUACAAGCCCGAAGCAGCCAGGGUCCCGCCUGCCCUUCCCUUGCCCACCCCUCCCGUCACCAAGUUUAAGAUUGGACUGUGCCAAUUGGCGGUGACGGCUGAUAAGGAGAGGAACAUUGCCCAUGCCCGCAAGGCCAUCGAGGACGCUGCUGCAAAGGGUGCCCAGCUUGUUCUCCUCCCUGAAAUUUGGAAUGGUCCAUAUUCAAAUGAUAGCUUCCCGGUUUAUGCUGAGGACAUUGAUGCGGGUGGUGAUGCAUCUCCUUCAACAGCCAUGCUAUCUGAAGUUUCUCAGCGUUUGAAGAUCACCAUUGUUGGCGGAUCUAUAGCAGAGCGUUCCGGGGAUCAUUUGUACAAUACUUCUUGUGUCUUUGGCACCGAUGGGAAGCUGUUAGCUAAACAUAGGAAGAUACACCUAUUUGAUAUUGACAUCCCUGGGAAGAUUACGUUUAUUGAAUCAAAGACUCUUACAGCAGGGCAGAGUCCUACCAUUGUGGACACAGAGGUUGGACGUAUUGGCAUAGGUAUCUGUUAUGACAUUAGGUUUCAGGAACUAGCAAUGAUUUAUGGAGCAAGAGGUGCUCACUUGAUAUGCUAUCCUGGGGCUUUUAACAUGACUACUGGACCGUUGCACUGGGAAUUAUUGCAGAGGGCAAGGGCUACAGAUAACCAGCUAUAUGUGGCAACCUGUUCGCCUGCUCGAGAUGCUGGAGCCGGUUAUGUGGCAUGGGGCCACUCCACCCUAGUCGGACCAUUUGGAGAAGUACUGGCGACUACAGAACAUGAAGAGGCAAUAAUCAUAGCAGAGGUUGAUUAUUCACUUCUUGAGCUUAGACGGACAAACCUGCCCUUACUGAAGCAAAGACGAGGUGAUCUUUACCAAUUGGUAGAUGUUCAGAGGUUGAAUUCUCAAUGAUUACAGAUGGGUAGAAGAUUCCUAUUAUGCCUGAAGGAAGUGCCAGUGAGAAACCACAUGUUUUACUUUUAGAACAAAUAAAGAGACCAUGUUAUUAUCGAAGACUCCAAUUAUUGUCAUUGUACCGAGAUACUUGGAUUUGCUGUGCAUUUCUUUGUCUAUGUUUUGAUAACAAAGGUGCUUUUAUGUGGAGAUGA